GGGGAGGAACUGGCCUGGCGCACGCGCAGUGCAAAAGGCCGGGCUCCCGGAAGUCCCGCCUUCUAGGGCGGGGCCAGGACCAGGAGGAGAAACCUGGUGUCGCCGCGCGGCCGCUUCCGCGAGCCCUCGCGCCGGAACCGGAAAUGCGUCACAGAGGGCGGGCGGCGACGGCGGUGGCGGCGUCGGAGGCGCCUCCAGGGGACGGUGGCGGCGCCGGGUGUUGAGGCCGCGCCUGUCCGGGGGUCGUCGGGGGACGGCGGGAGCUUGGGCCAGCGGCGGCGGCGGCCUGGGACGCAGGCGGAGCCCCGCGCAGGCCCGAGGUCCCGGAGGCUAUGGCAGCGGCUACCAUCGUGCACGACACGUCUGAGGCCGUGGAGCUCUGCCCCGCAUACGGCUUGUACCUGAAGCCCAUCACCAAGAUGACCAUCAGCGUGGCGCUCCCGCAGCUGAAGCAGCCGGGGAAGUCCAUCUCCAACUGGGAGGUGAUGGAGAGGCUGAAGGGCAUGGUGCACAACCACCAGUUCUCCACGCUGCGUAUUUCCAAGAGCACCAUGGACUUCAUCCGCUUCGAGGGGGAGGUGGAGAACAAGAGCCUGGUCAAGUCUUUCCUGGCCUGCCUGGACGGCAAGACCAUCAAGCUCAGCGGCUUCUCCGACAUCCUGAAGGUGCGCGCGGCCGAGUUCAAGAUCGACUUCCCCACCCGCCACGACUGGGACUCCUUCUUCCGCGACGCCAAGGACAUGAACGAGACCCUGCCGGGAGAGCGGCCGGACACCAUCCACCUGGAGGGGCUGCCCUGCAAGUGGUUCGCCCUGAAGGAGUCGGGCUCCGAGAAGCCCAGCGAGGACGUCCUGGUCAAGGUGUUUGAGAAGUUCGGGGAGAUCCGGAACGUGGACAUCCCCAUGCUGGACCCCUACCGGGAGGAGAUGACGGGCCGCAACUUCCACACCUUCAGUUUCGGGGGGCACUUGAACUUCGAGGCCUACGUGCAAUACCGCGAGUACGUGGGCUUCAUCCAGGCCAUGAGCGCUCUGCGCGGGAUGAAACUCAUGUACAAGGGCGAGGACGGCAAGGCCGUGGCCUGCAACAUCAAGGUUUCUUUUGAUUCGACCAAACACCUGAGUGAUGCGUCAAUUAAGAAGCGGCAGCUGGAGAGGCAGAAGCUUCAGGAACUGGAGCAGCAAAGAGAAGAACAGAAGCGCAGAGAGAAGGAAGCGGAGGAGAGGCAGCGAGCGGAGGAAAGGAAACAGAAGGAGCUGGAAGAGCUGGAGCGAGAGAGGAAAAGAGAAGAGAAGCUUCGCAAGAGGGAGCAGAAGCAGAGGGACCGCGAGCUGCGCCGGAAUCAGAAGAAGCUGGAGAAGCUGCAGGCAGAGGAGCAGAAGCAGCUGCAGGAGAAGAUCAAGCUGGAGGAGCGCAAGCUGCUGCUGGCCCAGAGGAACCUGCAGUCCAUCCGGCUCAUCGCCGAGCUGCUCAGCAGAGCCAAGGCCGUGAAGCUCCAGGAGCAGGAGCAGAAGGAGGAGAAGCUGCGGCUGCAGCAGCAGGAGGAGCGGCGGCGGCUGCAGGAGGCCGAGCUGCGGCGCGUGGAGGAGGAGAAGGAGCGCGCGCUGGGCCUGCAGCGGAAGGAGCGGGAGCUGCGAGAGCGGCUGCUGAGCAUCCUGCUGAGCAAGAAGCCGGACGACGCCCACGCACACGACGAGCUGGGCGUGGCGCACGCCGACCUGCUGCAGCCGGUCCUGGACAUCCUGCAGACCGUGUCGUCCGGCUGCGUGAGCGCCGCCGCGCUGCACCCCCUCGGGGGCCCGCUCCCCGCCAGUGCCCCCAAGGAGACCGCGGCCCACCCGGAGGCCGACGGCGCUCCCAGAAGCGUGAACGGCAGCGUGGCCGAGGAGGUCCCGUGCCGGGAGGGUCAGAGCUCGUGCCGCGCGGCCCCCGAAGACGGCUCUCCGGAGAAGCGGUGCCCCGGCGGCGUCCUCGCCUGCAUUCCCGACAACACCCAGCAGCCCAAGGGCCUCCCUGCCUGCGAGCAGAACGUCUCCAAAAAGGACACCCGGUCGGAACAGGACAAGUGCAACCGGGAGCCCAGCAAGGGCCGGGGCCGGGCCGGCGCAGACGGGCUGGAGGAGCGGCACAAGCGGGAGAGGAGCCGGGCCAGGCGGGCGGCCAGCAGGGAGGACGGGCGGCCGCGCAAGGAGCGGCGGCCCCACAAGAAGCGCGCCUACAAGGAUGCCAGCCCCCGCCGGCGCAGCGCCAGCCCGGACCACACCCGGCCCCGGAGGUCCCACAGCAAAGACAGGCACCGCAGGGAGCGCAGCCGGGAGCGCAAGGGCAGCGCCAGCAGGAAGCACAGCCGCCACCGCCGCCGGAGCGAGCGCUCGCGCUCCCGGUCCCCGAGCAAGCACCGCAGUACCUGGAACAGGUAAUGACGGGCGCGGCCUCCCCGUGGCCUGUCCGGGAAGGACCAGGACCUGCUCCAGCGUCCUGGCCGCUCCUGGGCCGCUCUCCGUCCACCCCCUGCAAAGCUAAGACCCUCCCGCAGCCAGGAGCGUCCAAGGAGCCCGCUGGCGAAGAAGGAAGACACCAGGCUUUCGAGAUCCAUCUUUCUUCACUCUCCGCAGCGUACUCGGCACUUCAGUUUCCAGCAGCUAGUCCUCUAAAACUGGAUCCCAUAGCUUUCAUACGGCCAGUCCUCUCUCAGUCAGGAAAACCGCACGGACGGACAGGCGUGAGAAGGGCAGAGCUGCCGCGUUCAUCCUCCCCACGCCGGGAUCUCUGUGUCUGCUUGGCGACCUGCCCGCGUGCACGGCCCAGGAG